AUUGGGACAAUUAGCUUUAUUUCAACGCGUUUAACAGACGUAUACUGUCUACUUUGCCCUACUUUUGUACUAACGUAUUGAAAACAAUAAUAUAUAAUUCAACAUGGAUCCUAUAAUGGACGUAAUAAAAAAUUCAGAAGAGCCCGAAUGGCUUGAAAAGCAAGUAGUCGGUGGAUUACGAGUAUGGCAAAUUAUAUUUCUGUGUUUAGCUGGUGUUACAACUAUAAUCGUGAUGGUAUGCUGCUGUUUUCGGUUCCGUAUCCCGCGCACGAAGCAGCAGAUCGAAGCUGAUUACAAACGUCGACAGAUCACUACGAAAUUUAGACAACAGUUGGAGACUAUUCAAGACUCUAAAAUGGAUACCAUCUCAUUAAAAGACGCCUUGGAACUGUUGCACGAAAAAAGCCAUUCCAUGGAGGAAGAACGCCAACAGGGAUCACAACACAGCUCGCUAAUGUCGCCGCAACAAAGUUCGCUGGAGGCUCCCUACCAGACCGAAGCAAGCCAGAAGCCCGAGGCACAAACAGCUGGUCUUAACUUCGUAAAAUUUGCAACGAAAGUGGCCAAUCUAUCCAAAUUGUCUCAAACAAAGUCACCUACAUCACCUACUACAUCCGACAAUAAGAUGGAGUUUUAGGUUUCUUUAAGAAGUAUAAAACUCAACGAUUAGUUUAAUGACACUGUUAGUGCAUUUUUCGGAUUUAAUAGAUUUCUAGUUUAGGGGCA